AUGACCGCCAUAAAAUUUCAGGAAGGAUUCAUCUUGGCACCGGACGGGCGAAUCGUACCCCGUCCCUUCACUGAGUGGAGUCCAGAAAACAAGCGCUAUCUGCUGCCCCUCUUUUUCACUCUGAGCGUUGCUUGGUCGCUAGAACUUGUUACCCAUCUGGAAGAACUUGCAUUUUGGCUAUUCCUUCUCCACCAAGGACCUGGGAAGCGAGAUUGGUUCCAUAGUUGGGAGUUUCGCACCUGGUAUAUCGGGAGUAUUAUCGCUGUCCUGGGAAUGCCAGUCACAACCAUUAUAACCCGACAUCAGCUCAACACGGGUCUUGCUUGGAUUUUCUUAGCUGGUUCGAGUGCGGGAACAUCAACCACUAUUUGCUUUCUUUAUGUCCUGUUUCGCUUCCCCAGAUUUCUCGAGCACGUCAAGGCAGAAGGUGCCGAUCCUGACGUCGUUGUUCGCCUAACCACUUUUUACCAACUUAAUUGCAUCCGAGUUGUUUUCCGAUUUUUCUUUACUCUGCCACUCCUCAUUGCCGCCGAUUCCAUCAGUGGUCCUUACCCCAUUGUGGGCAAUGCUUUUUCUUUGGAUUUCUUGCUUAUGGUCGGCGGGAUCGGAUGCUUCAUCUCAUCUGGAAUCACACUUCUUAUUUUCUUUCCCCGGUCUAUCGCUCAAGAGUCCGGGUACCGAGCCAAAGUAAUAUCUCCGCAAUCUUCAGCAAAACCACCAACAAUUUCAUCAUCUGCUCCACCGGACUACUACUACUAUGAUCACUACGACCAUGAAAUUGGUAUGGCUCGUCCCAUCUCUGCACUGGAAUCCCCGACAAGCCCAGCCUCAGCUAUCCGGAUGCAUUCGUUCCGUUUUCCUCAAGAACCUCAGCAUUUCGAUCGAACAUCCCGUCCUCCCCGGCGACGGCGGGAUUCUGGGGACACGGGGGAUCUCUCCAUUGCUUACGACUCUGAUGCGGAGAGUAUAGCAAUGACCUCCCAAACGAUGCAGGCACACCCUAUCCAGCACUCCGUCUCCCAGCCUGGUCAUAGCAGACAUAGCGGGGCAACAUCUGACGACACCAUCUGGGACCGCCAGCAUCCUGAUGACCGGAGGCCUUCGUCUUCACUUCGGUCGAUGAGACGGUACUCGGAUGGCCCAUUCAUUUACAACCGAGGCGGGAAGAUCACGAGGGUUGGGAUCGUUCAUCCACCCUCUCAAGAACCGUUGCGGAGGACAAACUCGAGGAGAAGGUCACAGUUACAUCCAUACCUGAUCAACUUCACAUCGCCAAUUGAUCUGCUGGACGGACGGGACGAUGACCGGGUUAACCCAGUUUAA